AUGAAGCUGAUAUUCCUUCUGGCAUUACUCCACUGUAGCUUGGGCAAAAAUGUAAAAUUGGAAAUCUUUCGUAUGCGAGAUGAGGCUCCCUGUCUACCGGAACUAGAAAUCUUCGAUAUACCCGGAAGCCUUGAAAGGGGUAUAGCCUACGCAAUCUCACGGAGUAAGGGCAUUGUCCUACUAGAGCACAUUCAGGAUAAUGCACAGAACGUGACUGGUUGCAACAUUAGGGAGGAGAAGCGGGGAAGCAGUGUGCUGUAUGCUCUUGACGUUGCCUUGAAUAGGGCCAUCAGCACAGACUGUUUCUCGGAGCAGAUAACGGAUCACGCUCUGCGCAAUCUCUACCAGAUUGAGUACGCGUGCAGGCUAGAGACGCUGACUCGAAACUAUGCCAUUGUCAAUCGAACCGGCGCGCAUACACAGUCCCAGAGCAACCUCGCGGCUAUGUCGAUGACGGUGCAGACCUCUACGUUGAUCAGCGCGAUUGGCCUGUUUCUCCGAUUUCAUGGGUGGAAGAACAUUGCCAUCGUAUUCGAGGUAACCGAUGAGAGUAUGCAGAACUCGGGUGUGGCCGAGACCAUACAGCUAAUUUUUUCCAAGACUGAGUCCGGCACAGCACCCCUUAAUGUCUUUAUCAUGGAGAAACUACAAUGGUAUAUCGAUCCCCGCAUGCUGCUGAAGAACUUUACGCUGAAGACCGAUGGUUUGUCGCCUUUGCUCUUACCGUUCUAA